UCAGGUCGACCAAGCAAUGCCUCAGACAGAUAAGCAAAUAUGCAUCCCCCCGGAGCUGCCGGAAUUGCUGAAGCAAUUCACCAAAGCCGCCAUUCGGACCCAGCCGCAGGAUCUCAUCCAGUGGGCUGCAGAUUAUUUCGGGGCUAUGUCCCGUGGAGAGAUUCCUCCAGUGAGAGAGCGGUCUGAGCGAGUGGCUUUGUCUAACUGGGCAGAGCUUACACCUGAGCUGUUAAAGAUCCUGCAUUCUCGGGUUGCUGGAAGACUGAUUAUCCACGCAGAUGAGCUGGCCCAGAUGUGGAAGGUGCUGAGUCUCCCAACAGACCUGUUUAAUAGUGUGAUGAAUGUGGGCCGUUUCACGGAGGAGAUCGAGUGGCUGAAGUUUUUAGCUCUUGCUUGCAGUUCUCUUGGAGUCACCAUUGCCAAAACUCUCAAGAUAGUGUGCGAGGUGCUAUCAUCUGACCAUGACAGUGGACCUCCCCGGAUCCCAUUUAGCACCUUCCAGUUUCUCUACACAUAUAUUGCUGAGGUGGACGGGGAGAUCUCUGCCUCACAUGUCAGCCGAAUGCUGAACUACAUUGAACAGGAAGUAAUUGGUCCUGAUGGUUUAAUCAAAGUCAAUGACUUUACCCAAAACCCCAGGGUUCGGCUGGAGUAAAAGCACGGUUUUGGCCAUUUUAAAGGAAGAUAACAGAGUUGAUUGUGCUUCAGAACGACUGAACCCCACGCACCACCGAAUGUCAAUUUUCUUGUACAACUGGUCCACACCAAUAAACAAUUAAGCAAACCUAUGAACUC